AUCUUUUCUAUUCUCUCUCUCUCUUUCUCUCUCUUUUUCUUUUUGUUUUAUGUUCCAGUUUUUGUCUCUUAUACUUUCUUUUUAUAUCGACCCUUUUGUUUGAAGUAUGACUUCUCCAGUUUCUCAACAAAUGAUUGAGGAGAUUGAUCCUAUACAAUCAACAAAUGAUGCUGCAAAAGAAAGGAAUGAGUUUGAGGGAUUAGAGUUUACCAGUGAUGUUGCUAUCUCUCAUGAUGUGGCAGAAGGUGAGGAACAUGGAGAAUUGUUGGGUAAAGCUGGAGAAUGGAUGCCUUAUGAAGGAAUGCAAUUUCCAUAAGGGGAUGAAGCUUGUGGACUUUACAAUGGAUUUUACAUGUUUAACUUGUUUUUUUUUGGUAGAAACAAAUGCCAUGUUAUUUGCUUUAAAGUAUAAAAUAUUGGCUGCAUU